AUGGCACACCCAACCUUGUCAGCUAUCCUCAGAUGCCUCACACUGCUAUGCAUCUUGGCACUUGCUGUGGCGGCUGACAACAAUACCAUCGGCUCUGGCCAGAUACGCUUGGAUUGUGGAGCACCAAGCCCAACAGGCCCAGAUGCUGAUGGCCGGAGCUGGGACAGCGACACCAAUUCCAAGUUUGCGCCUUCACUGAAAGGAAUUGCAGCAACUGCCUCAUCUCAGGACCCUUCACUACCAUCCCCCCCUACGCCUUACAUGACUGCUCGCAUCUUCACCUCAAACUACACCUAUUCCUUUCCUGUUAGUCCUGGCUGCAUGUUCGUGCGCCUCUACUUCUAUCCUACCAAUUACGAUGGCAAUCAUGGUGCUGCAGAUGCUUACUUUGGUGUCACAGCCGGCAAUCUGACCCUUUUAUAUGACUUCAAUGCCUCCCAAACUGCUGCGGCAGUUACUCCUAGUGUUGCCUUCUUUGUUCGUGAAUACUACAUAAACGUUACUGAAGGCAGUCUAAACCUCACUUUCUCCCCAUCCACACAUCACAAUGGCUCUUACGCAUUCAUCAACGGGAUCGAAAUCGUGCCCACACCUGACCUCUUCACAACACCAAUACCAACACUAGCCAAUGGGGUAAACCCAGAUCUUCUUGCUGGAACGGGGUUCCAAACAAUGUACCGGCUUAAUGUUGGAGGCCAGGCCAUCCCACCACAAGGAGAUGUUGACUUCUACCGUUCAUGGCAAGACGACAGUGCUUACAUAUAUGCUUCUGAUUAUGGUGUGGCUUUUGGGAAAGACAACAAUCUUACAAUCACGUAUACAGCCAAUGUACCAAAGUACGCUGCACCAGUUAAUGUCUAUGCAACUGCUCGCUCUAUGGGGCCAAAUGCCCAGGUUAACCUGAACCACAAUCUUACAUGGAUUUUACCCGUUGAUGCUGGGUUCUACUACCUCCUAAGGUUCCAUUUCUGUGAGAUCCAGUAUCCGAUAACAAAGGUCAAUCAGAGGUCAUUCUUCAUCUACAUCAACAAUCAGACAGCACAACAGGAAAUGGAUGUCAUCGCGUUUAGCGGAGGAAUUGGCAAAACAGUGUACACAGACUAUGUUACCAUCACAACUGGUUCUGGUCAGAUGGAUUUAUGGGUUGCCCUCCACCCAGAUCUUACAACGAGACCGGAGUACUUCGAUGCGAUAUUGAACGGUCUGGAGGUCUUCAAGCUGCAGAAUUAUGGAAACAAUAGUCUAAAUGGGCUCAACCCUCCCCUUCCAUCUUUUGAACCUAAUAAUGGGAAACCUUGUGGGAGAAACAAAGGUUAUGUGCCGGCAAUCAUUGGUGGAGCUGUUGGUGGUUUUGCUGUGCUACUCAUUGCCUUUAUUGGUGUGUGCAUCAUCUGCAGAAGAAAGAAGGUAGCAAAGGAAUCUGGGAAACCCGAUGAUGGCCAGUGGACUCCUCUCACUGAUUACAGCAAGUCACGGUCAAACACCUCAGGGAAGACAACAACUACAGGGAGCCGUACGUCAACAUUGCCAUCUAAUCUUUGCCACCACUUCUCAUUUGGUGAAAUCCAGGCAGCCACCAAUAAUUUUGAUCAAACCUCGCUCCUCGGUAAAGGUGGUUUUGGAAAUGUGUACCUUGGAGAGAUAGAUAAUGGCACAAUGGUGGCAAUCAAGCGUGGUAACCCAACGUCUGAGCAGGGUGUCCACGAGUUCCAGACUGAGAUUGAGAUGUUGUCGAAGCUCCGUCACCGUCACCUUGUGUCGCUGAUUGGAUACUGUGACGAUAUGAAUGAGAUGAUUCUAGUGUAUGACUACAUGGCCAAUGGGACUCUUAGGGAGCACUUAUACAACACCAAGAAGCCAGCACUGUCCUGGAAGAAGCGGCUUGAGAUAUGCAUCGGUGCGGCUCGGGGACUGCAUUACCUGCACACAGGUGCAAAGCAUACCAUCAUACACAGAGAUGUCAAGACCACCAACAUUUUGUUGGAUGACAAAUUGGUUGCUAAGGUUUCAGACUUUGGGCUGUCGAAGACUGGUCCGAAUGUCGAUAACACUCAUGUGAGCACGGUUGUGAAGGGAAGCUUUGGAUACCUCGACCCCGAGUACUUCCGACGGCAGCAGCUCACUGAGAAAUCUGAUGUCUACUCAUUUGGAGUCGUGCUGUUUGAGGUCCUCUGUGCACGCCCUGCCCUGAGCCCCUCACUUCCUAAGGAGCAAGUGAGCCUCGCCGACUGGGCGCUGCACUGCCAGAAGAAAGGCAUUCUUGGCCAGAUCAUCGACCCACAUCUGCAAGGGAAAAUUUCUCCCCAAUGUUUCAUGAAGUUCGCGGAGACCGCAGAGAAGUGCGUGGCUGAUCACAGCAUCGACAGACCAUCUAUGGCCGAUGUCCUCUGGAACCUUGAAUUUGCACUCCAGCUGCAGGAGAGCAAGGAGGACAGUAGCAGCGUCACCGACGGGACAUCUUCAAACACAUCGCCACUUAUCAUCCCCAGGCUUCACUCGGAUGAACCAUCGACGGACACAACAACCACCACAUCAUUGACUAUGAGCAUGGCAGGACGGAGCCUCGCAAGUGUGGAUUCAGAUGGGCUGACCCCAAGCAUUGUCUUCUCGCAGCUCAUGCAUCCAGGCGGCAGAUGA